AACAGUAUGAAUAAGGGGCAAUUUAAUGACUUUUGGGCCAAAUGGGAAAAUAAUGUUUUGUUUUAAAGUGGUUUCUUAGUCAUGCAUUUAAAAAAAGUGCUGUUAAAACGCUCAGUUUGUUAGACGCGCCACCUUUGUUUAACUUGUGCACAAUAUAUUGUGCAGGUGGUUUACCGUUUUUUAAAUAACAAUACAAAUGUAAUCUUGCAGGCCAGCCCUCCCUUGUGAAGUUAUGAGCGUGUUUUGCCUUGCAUGCGAGCCACCCUUUUUUGCUUCAGCUAAUUUACAUUUUCCAUGUGGGGGAAUUCAACUUUUUUUUCUUCAUUUGGAGACAUUAGUAACUAAAGUCUUUCUUUCUACAAGACUGCUGGCAGCAGCGAAUAAGGCAGAGGCUGCUGUGUUGCACUUCUGAGGCAAACCGUUGAAUUGGGGCAUUGUUAGCCUACAUAGCAAUACUUUUUCAUUGUGAAAACGAGAGAAGGGUGUAAAAAGGCACCUUGUGUGCUGCUGCUGACAGACCAUCGAAGAAUAUCACGAAGAAAUCGGAGCAAUCAUUGAAAGUCCCAUUAGUAUUCAGUGUAUUGCUGCAUGCAGUCUCUUGGAAACACGAUUAGCUCAGACAUUCCUAUGCCAUCACACGGCACUCAGUAAACACCACUUUACCAGUUUAUCUGGGCAAACUAUUAUAGAGCUGUAGCUUAAUUUUCACUCACAGUAGCAAUAUGACAGUGGACCUCGGUCCACUCUGCAGCACGCAAGUGCGAAAUAACUGGUGCUGGUGGAAUCAGUGAGAAGCAAACACCGCAUUCCAUAUCCGCCACCAAGCUUUGCCUCCGUAGUUCAACGCACAUGAAAGAGGUUACGCAAGUCCUGGAAGCACACGAAGACAAACACUGAGACACAGAAAUGUGAACAGAGGCUUCAGUGACGUUCUGUUCUACAGUGCUCAAUGUUCAAGCAGAACAACUUGCCUGUCAAUACUGGAAAACAAAACAUUUGAUAUGCAAGCUCUUAAAUCAGGAACUUCUUCCACCUCAGAAGAUCAGUCUUGCCUGCCAGAGUUUCACAGCUGUGGAAGUUGUAUUGCCUAUUAACAACACAGCCGCUGAGCUUGCAUGCUCUAUUUGCCGAUUACACAAGUUGAUUUACACCCAAUUUUUUGCUCCAUGAUAUGAAGGUUAGCGGAGCAAACCAGCGGAAUAUCUCGACUCUAUGUGUUAGCAUGGCCUCUGAGGGAGUGGAUGCUUUGGGGCAGGCGAAUGUGACACCUGCUUUGUCAGCUGGGAAUAAAAAUAGCCGAAAUGCUUCAAACGCCAGGAGACACUCGGCCAAGCAAGAAAGAGGUCUCACUUCAACACUGCCAUACAUUAUAGAGGCAGAACACUACAAAUCUGCGUCAGAUAUUCUGCCACUGUCAACCAAAGCAGGAAUACCCUACGACUGCCAGACAAGAGAGUUUUGGGGUGGCAAAGCUGGGGAGUUCUGCUGCAGCUCAAUGCAAAGAGACAGUACAGGCUGCUUCUAUUGCAGCCAGCUGUGCAAGACAUGUGAUCCACUGGUAGAAGGGAGAGUUUGCUCGGAGACUCACAUUCUUACUGAACUGGAGAGCACUGUUGAGCCCCUGCAAGAUGAGCUACAGUUGGGAAUGGAAAGCCUUUCCUCAGAGUUACAUCAGUUUGUAGGGGAAAAGUCAGAGGAGAACUGUGUGGAUGGAUCCAACAACCCAUCGGACUUCAACACCAACCAGAAAAGGGAGAAGCAAUUGUCCUGUCUGAGUCGCAGGCUCAAACCCAGCUCCACAGCACAGUCUUUACCAGUGCCAUUUGACUGUCCUGCUGUCCCAGAUGCUGACUUGACAGGUGUCUGUGGCUGUGAUCGUAUGGAAGUUACAAAAAGUUGCCAGAACCAAGAUAUGUUGCACAGUUGUGUUCAAUGGGUUAAAGAUGGGUACUCAAGUCUGGAAAGACGCUGUUGGAAACACAAAACAAAGUACCCUAGUGAUGGUAGCAGCUCUUUUCAGUUCCGAAUGACCCAUAAGUCAGCCACAAGUCCACAAAAUAACGAGGAUAACAGCGGGGAAGAGUGGCCAGAGGAUGAGUUUGUCCGAAACAAGAAGGAGCGCUCCACUCUACUAGUCAGGAGGUAUUAUAAAAAUAACCGGGAGGUGAAGAAAUCUGUUUAUACAGGCACAAGAGCUAUAAUGAGGACACUUCCUUCAGGUCACAUAGGAGACGAAGCCUGGAAGUCUGUUUGCAAAAAAAGACAAAACGUCUUUGAGAAACACAUCAGGUCAGCGACUGAAAACAUCACUGUGCUUCAGGCUGGUGACCUGCGAUCGUCUGGGCUGCUCCAUUUCUUGGCCAGAUUUAAGGAUUAUGAGAUCCACGAUGCACUGAUAGGAGAAGGAGGGGAGGAAGCCCUUGAGAACCUGCUCCAUCCUUCCAGAAAGCUCCUGGUCUCAGCAGUAGCCUGCAGGAGAGGUGGAGGUUGCUGUGAUAUAAAGCCAUGUGUCCACCGUGUGCUGCCUAAGUACCGCGUCACUCUCCAAAGAACGUCCAUCUCUGACCACAUCACCGGGGCUCUGCUAGAGGCUACUACAUCCAUAGGAGCACGGAGUGGGUUGCUGAACCUCUUAGCAGGAUUCACUGGCAGAGCAAUGCUAAAAGAGUGUCAACUGUGCACAACGAUGGCUGGUUCAAACACUCUGCCCUCGAAUGUAGCUGGAAUCAGUAAGGAUCUGGCUGACCUGAGGCACCUUAUCCAGUUCCCUGAGGAGAUUGCCAGCAUUUUGACAGAGCAGGAACAGCAGCUGUACCACAGAGUCUUUCCACUCGAUUACCUCAGCUUCCUGACCAGGGACCUGGGCAGUCCAGACUGCCAGAACCGGCAUCCUGUCCUUAAAACCUCUCUCUCUUCUCCUGCCUUCUCCAAAAAGAGUGGCAGCCGCAACACCAUUGAGGACCUGGUCACACGCUUCAAUGAGGUGAGCUCCUGGGUGACCUGGCUGAUCCUGACCGCCGGCUCCAUGGAAGAGAAACGGGAGGUCUUCUCCUACCUCAUCCAUGUAGCCAAAUGCUGCUGGAACAUGGGAAACUACAAUGCUGUGAUGGAGUUCCUGGCUGGGCUCAGGUCUCGGAAGGUGCUGAAGAUGUGGCAGUUUAUGGACCAGUCUGAUAUUGAAACCAUGCGAAGCCUGAAGGAUGCCAUGGCGCAGCACGAAUCCUCUUCGGAGUACAAGAAGGUCGUUAACAGGGCUCUGAACAUCCCUGGCUGUAAAAUGGUGCCUUUCUGCGGGGUCUUUCUGAAGGAGCUUUGUGAUGCUCUGGAUGGGACUGCCAGUCUGAUGAAACUCCGUCCUCACUUCAUCUCUCAGGAGGAAUCUAUUGAGUUUGUCACAGACUACAAUGGGCAGGACAACUUCUUGCAGCGGGUUGGAAAGGAUGGUCUCCACAACACUGAGAAGGAGGCGACUGUCAGCAACAUCCUGCAGACCAUUCGCAGCUGCAACCGGAGCCUGGAGUCCGAGGAGGGGGACGAAACCAUCAGCGAAGGCUCUGGGUCACGCAAGAACUCCUUUAAGGACAGGAGCAAGAACCAAUUCACAGUGGGAGACCUGUCCGAUUCCGAGGGAGACCUGUCUGAGCAAGCGAAGGAUUAUGACUUUCAAGGAGCAGAAGAGCAGCAAAAAGCUUUUAGCCAUGGGACAGAACUUGUCCCCUGGUACGUCCUGUCCAUCAGGGCUGACGUCCAUCAGUUCCUACUCCAAGGAGCCACAGUCAUUCAUUACGACCAGGAAGCCCACCUCUCGGCCCGCUGCUUCUUGAAGCUGCAGCCCGACAACUGCUUCUUGACUUGGUCGAAGCCGAUGAGCUGCGGCGGGGAGCUCAGUCAUUGCAAGCCCCAGUUCUUUGGACAAGUCACACUGAAUGGAUUGGCUGAUGGGUUCUUGGACUUGUCUGUGGUUAAGGCUGUUUACAUGGGCCACCUCGGAAUGGACAUGCACGCUGUUUGCAUUCAGAAUAAACUGAGUGACAUGACCCCUGAAGAGAAUGGGGUGACACUGCUGUAUGGGCUCCACACUACUGAUAACAAGUUGUUGCACUUUGUGGCUCCAAAGUACACUGCCAGAAUGCUGUAUGAUGGACUGCUGGAGUUAGCCAAUGCUGUGAGGAAGAUGAAAAGGUUCCCUGACCAGAGGCUUCAGUGGCUAAGGAAGCAGUAUGUUUGCUUGUACCAGGAAGAAGGCAGGUAUGAAGGUCCAACGCUGGCUCAGGCGAUUGAGCUGUUUGGAGGCAGGCGGUGGAACGCGAGGAACACAAGCACAGGGACUUUGAGCAGAGGAUCAGAGAAACCCAACAUACAAAGAAUCAGCACGACAAAGAAGAAAAAAAAAGGACUUAUGAGGGGGGACAGUGGAGAUGCUACCGAUGAUGAAAUGGUGACUCGGAAAACAAAAAGCUGUAAAGAAAACUGUGGCAGGAGUGGUUCUGAUCCUCUGGACUUCAGGGAGCAGGUUGAAUCUGAGGAGAAUACUGCAAUGGGUUUCCCUGGAUCCUAUCCCCAGCCAUCAAGAAAAGCCAACUCCCCCACGACCGCUGUCUCUCCUAGCAUGGCAGCCUCCACCACCCCUGCCAGGCCUGCUUCUUCUCCUGUCUUGUCUGCUGCUAAUAAGAGCCAGCCAUGCACCUGGAGCAGUCGCAGCUGGCAUGGUCGAGGGAAAGGAAGCUUAAAAGGCUUUCAGAACCUGAUGGUCUCCGACAGCAACAUGAGCUUCACUGAAUUUGUGGAACUUUUUAAAUCGUUCAGCAUUCGAAGUCGGAAGGACCUGAAGGAGCUAUUUGAUAUCUAUGCUGUGCCGUGCAAUCGCUCAGGGUCAGAGUCUGCUCCACUCUACACAAACCUGACUAUUGACGACAACAUCACUGGGUUACAGCCUGACCUAGACCUCCUAACCCGUAAUGGAUCUGAUCUUGGCCUCUUUAUAAGAACCAGACAACAGAUGUCUGAUAACCAAAGACAGAUCUCAGAUGCGAUUGCUGCUGCCAGCAUUGUGACCAAUGGAACUGGAGUUGAAAGUGCAUCGCUGGGAGUGCUGGGGAUCGCCAUUGAGCAGCUCAACGACUUCCUGGUUAACUGUCAAGGAGAGCAUCACACCUAUGAUGAAAUCCUCAGCAUAAUCCAGAAGUUUGAACCCUCUAUCAGCAUGCGCCAACUGGGAUGGAUGUCUUUUGAGGGUUUUGCAAGGUUUCUGAUGGACAAGGACAACUUUGCCUCCAGAAAUGAAGAAUCUCAAGUGAACGAGGAAGACCUGCAAUACCCCCUUUCUUAUUAUUAUAUUGAAUCCUCGCACAACACCUACCUCACAGGGCACCAGCUUAAAGGGGAGUCCUCUGUGGAGCUUUACAGUCAGGUGCUUUUGCAAGGCUGCAGGAGUGUUGAACUGGACUGCUGGGAUGGAGAUGACGGGAUGCCCAUUAUCUAUCACGGACACACACUUACUACAAAGAUCCCAUUCAAGGAUGUUGUGGAAGCUGUCAACCGCAGUGCUUUUGUUAACUCAGACCUGCCUGUCAUCUUAUCAAUCGAGAAUCACUGUUCCCUGCCUCAGCAGCGCAAGAUGGCAGAAGUCUUUAAGAGUGUAUUCGGGGACAAACUGGUGACUAAAUUCUUAUUUGAGAGUGAUUUCUCAGAUGAUCCACUAUUGCCAUCACCACAGCAACUAAAAGGAAGAAUUCUUCUGAAAAACAAGAAGCUAAAAGCACAUCAGGCUCCUGUUGAUAUUCUGAAACAAAAGGCCCAUCAGCUGGCACAUAUGCAGGCCCAAGCCAGUAACGGCACUCCUUCAAGCAGCACAUCUGGGAAUAACGAAGAAGAAGAAGAUGAGGAGGAUGAAUACGAUUACGACUAUGAGUCUCUGUCUGAUGCUGAUGUCCUUACUGCUUCUCCUGCUUCUAAUGGCCAGGAAGAUAACAUCAUUGAUGAUCGGCCAGAGAGCAAGUCAUCCAGCGAUAAGUUUCAGUUUGAGUACAGUGAAGAAACCCCCAAGAGAAUCAAGAAAGCAUACAGCACUGCUUGCAGCAAAGGAAAGAUUUUUGAUAUGGAACUUGGGGAAGAGUUUUAUCUCCCACAAAACAAGAAGGAAAGCAGACAGAUUGCUCAGGAGCUUUCAGACAUGAUAAUAUACUGCCAAGCUGUCAAAUUCCCAGGCCUUUCAACUCUUACUCCAUCUGGAUCUGGCAGAGGAAAAGAGAGAAAGAGCAGGAAGUCCAUCUUUGGAACCAAUCCUGGUAAAAUCCCAGGGGAAUCCAUGACAUUGGUCAAAGCAUCUGGAAAAGGUUCUUUUGACCCCAUGCGGCUGAGUUGGGAUGAGCCCUCUUCACCCCCAUUUAACCCCAACACCUCUCUGAGCGCUAUCAUCCGGACACCAAAGUGCUAUCAUAUUUCCUCUGUGAAUGAGAACGCUGCCAAGCGCCUGUGCCGGAGGUAUUCUCAGAAGCUGAUUAAACACACCACCUGUCAACUGCUGAGAACCUACCCGGCCGCCACUCGCAUCGACUCCUCCAAUCCAAACCCGGUCAUGUUCUGGCUCCAUGGCAUUCAGUUGGUGGCUCUUAAUUACCAAACAGAUGACCUCGCCAUGCACUUAAAUGCAGCAAUGUUUGAGGCAAAUGGGGGUUGUGGGUAUGUGCUGAAGCCCCCAGUUCUGUGGGACAGGAACUGCCCAAUGUACCAGCAGUUCUCCCCAUUGGAAAGAGAAGUGGAGAGCAUGAACCCGUCAGUAUAUUCUCUCUCGAUUAUCUCUGGUCAGAAUGUGUGUCCCAGUAGCAUGUCAGGCAGCCCCUGUGUUGAAAUUGACGUGCUGGGGAUGCCUGUGGACAGCUGUCACUUCCGGACCAAACCCACCCACCGCAACACCCUGAACCCCAUGUGGAAUGAGCAGUUUCUUUUUCAUGUCUGUUUCGAGGACCUGGUUUACAUCCGCUUUGCUGUGGUCGAAAACAACAGCUCAGCAAUCACUGCCCAAAGGAUAAUUCCCUUGAAGGCUCUAAAAAGAGGGUACAGGCACUUGCAACUGAGAAAUCUUCACAAUGAACCGCUGGAGAUCUCGAGUCUCUUCAUUUACAGCAAGGCAGAUGAAAAUCCCAGUGGAAACAAUGUACCUGCUUCAGUGGUGUUCAGUACGGAGGAGCGGCGAGCUGCAGCCCUGUACAAAGUGACGGUCCAUAGUGUCCCAGGUCCUGAACCCUUCACUGUCCUCUCUGUGAGCGAGAAGACCACAGCCAGACAGCUUCUUCACAAAUUACUCUCCUCAAAGAAGGGCUCAGUUUCAAAUGCCCUGGGCUACUUGUUGGUGGAAGAGAAAGUGUUUCUGUGGAAGGAGAAGAGCGAGUGCAAGAAGCAGCCGCUUCAACGUGUCAUCGGGGCCGAGGAGGAGGUUGUAAAAAUCCUCGGCAGCUGGUUCCCAGAGGAAGGCUAUGUGGGAAGAAUCAGCCUCAAAACCAAGGAGGAAAAUAUCAACCAGAGGAACUCCAUCACGGAGGCGGUCGAGGAAGUGAAUAUCAGCGCAGAUGACGACAGUUUCUUUGUUCAGGUGCACGAUGUUUCUCCAGAGCAGCCUCGCACAGUCAUCAAAGCACCUCGCUUCAGCACUGCACAGGACAUCAUCCAGCAGACACUAAGUAAAGCCAAGUAUUCGUACAGCAUCCUGACCAAUCCCAACCCCAGUGACUACGUGCUUGUGGAGGAAGUCACAAAAGAGCCUGUAAACAAGAGAGCGUCAACCUCCAAGCCGACCCAGCGCAUCCUCUUUGAUCAGGAAAGUGUCUAUCAAGCCCAGAGCAAGUGGAAAGGGGCAGGCAAGUUUAUCCUCAAGCUCAAAGAGCAAGUCCAGACCGCACGGGAUGAUAAGAGGAAAGGUAUUUCUUUUGCCAGUGAGCUCAAGAAAUUCACCAAAUCAGGCAAGCAGAAUCGGAACCCCUCAGGGCCAGCUCAGAUGACUCCCCCAGAAAGUGGUCAGAGUUGGUGGCCUGAGAGACUCGAAGCCUUGAUAGUGGAGAGCAGAGCUGAAGCAGAGAAACUCCUUGGCAGUGAGAAGGAGAGAAGGCAUCUGCAAGUCAACACCCCUGCCUCUUCCACGUGGUCUUUCCCCCUGCUCCGGAACUGGAAAUUGCACAAAUGAUUCCAGGAUCGAGGCAGUUUUUGGGAAAUUCAAGUCAGGAAUGUAUGGGUACAGGUUCAGCAGCUCUGAACCCGCUCAACCUUUGGAAGGAGCCCAUAAUCGGGUUACUUUGGAAGACACACAGCAUGGUGUGUAGAGCAGAGUAUUUUUAAAUAGGGGUUUUACUGCUGAUAGACAAAUGUGGCAGUGAAAUUCCUGGUGGUGACUGCACUACUCUCCCUGUAGUAUCAAGCCAAGUGGAGUACAAUAUUUUAAAAAUACCCAAUUGAUCAAAGUAACUGUAUAUCCCAGCUUUGUACAGUCCUCCAGUGGGUUACCAACAGAAAAAAAGCCCCCUCGCCUGUACCACUGAUAAAGGGGCAAACAACAAGCUGGCUUAUUAGAAUCCAUUGGGAUGCUUUGGUUUUGAAAGGUCUCGCUUGAAAUAUUUUUCACUGAUGUUUUGAAUGGCUUGAGUUACGUGAAGCACUUUGAAACUGAUUUGUAUAUUGUGAAACAUGUAGUACUUUGAAAUAUUGUCUUUGAUGUGCUUGAUAUUUAUAUGGUACCGCAUAGUUAGGUAUUAAAUCAAAUAGCAACUUUGAUGUAGACAUUAAUUUGGAUAUCAACAGGCAGAUUCUAAUUGUAGCUGCUGUGUACACGUGAUAUUAUGUAGAACAACUCUUAAUAGUCCUGUAUGUUUCAGAUAAAAGAAAAUUAGAAGUAUAAGUCAAAAAAUGAUAAAGUUAAACUUAAUACAUUACAAACCAAAACUACUAUAUUGUAGUUUUAGGUAUGGUGCAUGGAAUUGGAACAUUUUACUUUUCUCUAGACAAUAACGAAAUUGGGAUGCUGUUCAUAUUGUCUUGAAUGAAGGACCUCAACCAUGCAAUCACACUUCUCAAUCUUAAAUAAUAAUAAAGAAAUAAGAUAUAUUGUGUUUGCUCCAAUAGUGUAAAAAACACCUGACAUUCUUGAUAUUCCUUCUAUUCUGAACUGUUAUGGUAGUCAGAGAUGAUGUAAACAUAUCCUAUUUCUUUCAGCCAUUCAUAAAAUACCAGAGUGAGAUUUAGGACAGAGAAAAUAUAUAAAAUCCCUCAUUGCAAAUCUGUGCACUGUCCCUUUUUGCUUAAGAUAGAAAGCUGAUAAACGCUUUGCAAUUUUUAAAGGACAGAAAAAUUCAAUAGAUGUACACAGAAGUAUUGUAGAUUUGUGAAUGUUUAUAUGCAUUAAUAGGUGAUACUAUGUAAAUACUUUGAGACAGUUUUAUGUCAGUUAGAAGAAUUUGUUAAUAUUGUAUAUAUUAUUUCUAUUUUAGUUGUAUAUUUUCUUUUUCUUUUGCUAGUGAAGGAUGCUAUAUACACAUAUAGUGGGAUUGUCCCAUUCUGCCAUUCUGGAGUUUCAACAUUGAUCUGUCAUUUUGGAAGUUCUUGUUGUUCUAAAAAGAAAUAGUCUGUUACUUGCAUUGUAAGAUGUUUAACGAAUGCAGGUCCAGUGCAUGGGUGAACAGAAUAGGUCUGUUCAACCAGUAUGAGGGUUUGAGGACUGGACUUUGCAGGGUAAAAAACAAAACAAACAAUAUAUACUUUACCAUUUUCUGUUACCAGCAUCCAUUUUCUGUUCCAAUAGUUCUCGACUGCUUGCAGUCAGCUAUUUUGUGCCUCAAACGUUUUUUCAAUAGAAAUCACUGCAGCCCAUCAGCAUACCUUACUACCCAUCUAGGGAGAUAGAGACGUCCCUUUAAUGCGAAAUUCCAGAGAAAACAUUUGAACACGUGGGUAAUUGGAUCUUCCUCUGACUUUUACUGGUACAUUUACUGCAUUAAAAGUGAUGCUAAAAUGUAAGAUUUUUUUACUUCUAGUUCAUAACUAUCUUCUUUUGCAUGUUGCCCUUUUCUGAUUGAGACUUAUUUAGGAAGGAUACACUAAAGACAAGUUUGCCAAUCUUGACUCAAUAAUUAUAUAAUGUAGCAGUUACUGACUUUCAUGCAAUAGCUUGUACUGUUUUCUAUCACAAGUGCAUUAUAAGAAACUUAUAUUUCUUAAAAACAAAUAGUAAAAUUGAAAAUGUAAUUGAAGAUAUCUGAUUGGUCCUUCUACUUUUUUGAAUUUUUGGUUAAUUGUAACCAGUGCUCCAGGCAAGGUUUUGGGUCAUUAAGCUCUCUAAUUUAAAAACUGUGCGUCAACUGUAUUUUGGUAAAAUGCAACAUUACCUUGAAGUCACGAGUACUUCUAAUAAAUACAGUACAUACUUUAAUGCUAACUUAUGCAUUAAGUACAGCCUUACAUUUGAACUGUUGUACAAAAACUUUAGCCCUGCCUUAAUAAUAUUAUAGUCCGAGUAGUUGCAAGUGAGUUUUUCUUUUUUUAAUUUUUUUUUUUUUUUAAUUGAAAACCCUAAUUUAUUGGUCGUGUGUCUCUGGCAAUUCCCAGACAGGCUACAAUUAGCUGUCCCAGAAUUCUUUAGCUACCGCUUGCAGUAUAUCAACAAUUGAACAUUGAGACGGUGGGAACCAACGAAGUACAAGAAGCUUGAUAACAUGCAAACUCAAGCUGUGCAGCAAAAUUGCAAUGCCUAUUCUUACACAUUAAAUUUAAACAUGAUGCGUAAUUCAUAUUUUUUCAAUGCGUAAAACACCCAGUAUGUGGCUUAUCUGGAGAGCUGAUUGUAACCAUUUUAAUUUAAUAAAAGGGACAAAGACUUAGUAUUUCUUAUGCCAAAAUUGAAUUAAGCUUACAUUUAAGCAUUGUGCAUGCAGGCUGUGUAAGUGGUAUAUAUUUGUUUGUUUGCUUUUAAAGUGGCCCUGUCUCACCAUGUGAUGUAAACUACCUGGUGCAGAAUCUGAAUAUACCUUGUCACAGUGUUUGUAAUGUAUGAUUACAAUAGCACACAAGCAUUCACAUUUUUAUUUUACAAAAAUAAAAUAAUUGUCAGUGCUGAUAACAAAAUACUUGAUGAAACACAAUAAAAUACAGUUAACUGUAUUUUUUUUUUUCAUUUUACUAACCUAAACCUAGAAAGCUACAAAUUAUAUAUAGAAACACAAUCCAAUGUAAGUUAUUUUAUAUCACAGCCCUGGUUGGCAAAAUAUGUUGUUUUCAUAGAUGUGUAGAUAGCUCGUAUGUACUUGGUCAUGUUUUUUUUUUAUUUCUAAUUUACAUUAUUUAAAAGUCUUGAUGAUAUAAUAUAAUGUAUUUGUCUAUAUCCUUUGUACAACCAUACCAUCAAAGCUGUUUCUUUUUCAUAAAUGCAUUCAAAUCUGUGUUUACAAACACACAGUGGCUUUUUAUUUUUAAUACUUUUUUCAACAAUUUCUGUUGAUUCAUUGUUACAGGAGAUUGUUAGUGUGUAUUGCAUGUGCAUUUUUAGAGCACACAUUUCUUGACUUUAAACUAUGAAUAUGAAUUUGUGUACGAGAUUCAUCACGUUCCCUUUGCUUUAUUUCUAAAUGUCAUGUCAUAGUUCUAUUUGACUACAAUGGCAGUCACAAAGCUGUUUUCUAUUGUAUGUGUGUGUCAUCUUUGAAUGUGAUAUUUAUGUUACUAUAGAUAAAAGCUCACAACUCAUAAGUAUUGCCUCCAUAUGUUCUUUAGAAAAUGGCAGGAUGUAAAUAAUUAGAUUCUGACUAGAUUGUUUUGGUGUGAUUAAAGCAUGUCUCAGUCUCAGUUCAUCACUCUAUAUUUACUGCUCCUUCUUCAACACUGAAGCUUUGUGCUUUGAAGUUGAGUACCGAUUAAAAUCAAAUUAUAUUAAGAACGUACAACUGUAUUUUUUCUUAGAUUUACUUUACGUCUUUAAAAAAUGUGCAGCAACUUUUAAAAUCUUGCCUAUCUUUAAUUGUAGUAUUACAAUUGCCAGUCUGUGUGUAUUGUGCAAAACUGUUUAUUUAUAUGUAAAGUUACCUGUUUUGGAGACUACUUUAUUUCUGUUGACUUGAAGGAAAGCAACUCAUAUUGGUACUAAAAAUAAAUAAUUUAUGAAGUGCUGAA